AUGGCCGAAGAAGAGUCACAGUCGCCGAAGGAGCAGCUUCUCACUGACGAAGAAUUCAAGGCAUUACCUGCCAUUGACUUUGUGACGUUAGGGAUGUUCAUCAUAGACGAGAUACACUUCUUGCCACCUACGCCGUCCGUCUAUGAUAUUCUCGGCGGUGCCGGCUCAUACGGUGCCCUCGGAGCCCGUCUCUUCUCGCCAGCCCCGGAUGCCUCAUCGGUCGGUUGGAUCGUCGACAAGGGUUCCGACUUUCCGCAAUCCUUGACUGAACUCAUCAACAGCUGGGAGACAUCAGUCGUGUUCCGCGAGGACCCAGAGCGGCUAACCACUCGCGGAUGGAACGGAUACGAGAACGCAGAGAAGCGCGCCUUCAAGUACACCACCCCUAAGAAGCGUCUCACUGCAGAGGACCUGACGCCUCAUCUGUUACUUUCCAAGACCUUUCACUUAAUCUGCUCUCCGGCCAGGUGCAGAGACUUGGUAACCGAAAUCACCUCAGCCCGCAAACGCGUGUGCCCGCCCGAUUCGUACAUAAAACCAAUAUUCAUCUGGGAACCCGUACCUGACCUGUGCACACCGGAUGAACUUCUCAACUGUACAAAUUGCCUUCCCUUAAUUGACAUCCUCAGUCCAAAUCACUCGGAGCUGGCGGGUUUCAUGGGUGACGACGGCUUGGACCCAAAAACAGGAGAGAUUUCGAAAGCGGCGGUAGAGAGAUCCUGCGAGCAACUUCUCGCAAGCAUGCCUUUAUCGUCUUUCACGCUCGUUGUCCGCGCCGGGGAAAAGGGCUGCUACGUUGCUCGCAACGGCGGCCGCAAACGCCAUCCCGCUACUGGCGACGGGGCAGGCUCAAAGCGUCGCAAGAAGGAUUAUACGAGGGGCGGCCUUCAGCCGGACACCGACAUGGAAGCACUCUUCGCCGGUCUACUCCAAGAUGACGAAGGUGCUGUUAUUCGCGAGGAGAUCGAGGUAGAUUCUGGUACCGAACAGUGGAUCCCGGCCGUUCAUCAAGACAGCGCGAGAGUGGUAGAUCCAACAGGUGGCGGCAAUACCUUUCUGGGCGGGCUCGCUGUUGCUCUUGCAAGGGGUAAGUGCGUCGAGGAAGCUGCAGUAUGGGGCAGUGUAGCUGCCAGCUUCGCUAUUGAGCAAGUUGGCGUACCAACCUUAGCCAGAAAUGAGGACGGCGAGGAGACAUGGAACGGCGAGAGGGUAGAGGACCGGGUUGCGGAGUUCCGAGUCCGUCUCCAAACAACGCAGUAA